AUGGACCCCAGCAACAUUCCCUUCAACGCGCUCAUCAUGGGCCCUGCCAAAUCAGGGAAAAUGCAGUUACUCAUGAACGAGCUCUGUGGCUCCUUCUGUGGCAGGUUUGAUUAUGUCGUGCUCAUCUGCCCGACGUUUGCUUAUAACAAGACCCUUAACCACAUUGCUGAGAGAGACCCGCGGUUGUUCGUCAUCAUCUGCGAGCAGCACAAAUUGGAGCUUUGGUUGAAAGUGGCGAGCUUGUAUUUUGAAGGUGCCAAUAUCCAUAUAGUCCUUGAUGACUGCGCGGUCUCCAAAGACGCGAAAAGGUGGACUGGCGAGCUUGUCAAGCUCGGCUUUUCUGCCCGCCACACGAACAUGAGCGUGUGGGUGCUGACUCAGCAGCUCUCCAGCAUCGCAAAGCCUUUCCGUGAAAAUGUUGAAGCGAUCGUGUUGUUUUACACACCUUCGGCCAAGACCACAAAGGCCAUCUUCAAAAAAUAUGGGGGUGAACUUUCUCAAGAUGCCCUCAAGCAGCUGAUUGCAAGCCUAAAGGGGCGCAAAUCAAAAGAAGCUAUUAGCGUGCACCUAACACACGAGCAAGUGAAGCACUUCACUGACAAAGAGGUUGAAAAGCACUACAAAAGGCACGAGACGUACGUAGGUGCCAAGACCACUGAAACAUCGAUUAAAAGUUUUCUGACAUUGGCCAUAAAAGUGGUUGGCAUGUUUGUGCGGGUGAAAGAUGCUGACGCUUUGCAGAAUGAACUAAAAAAUGAUUACAUCAUAACUAAAGAGCCUUGCGUUGAGAUGUGGGCGGUUGCUCGCAGUGGCCAACGCGCUUUCGAGGAACAAGUUAAGCGAGAAAAAGACAUCGCUCGUCAAAAAGAAGAUUUAGAAGAAUUACGUCGUCAGUAUCGAAGUCGUUUAUUUGAUGAAGAGGACCUUCAAGAUUUGAAAGAGUCGGAGUUCAAAGGACCGGAAACGAGAAAAAUUUCCGCAAACGAUUUGGCAGAAAGUCGUUCAACGUCAUCGCUUGGCAAGGAUAUGUGGAAUCAACUUAAGCGUGUUUCAAUUCCCGUAUUCAGUGGUGAUAAAAAAUUGUACGAGGGUUGGAAAACGGCUCUCAUGGCAUGUGUGGACAAGGCGCCCGCCACACCAGAGUACAAAUUGCUCCAGUUGCGUCAAUACUUAUCUGGCGAAGCAUUAAAGGUCGUGGAACCUUUGGGACACUCUGCAGCAGCUUAUGAGACAGCAAAGGAAAGAUUGGAACGAAAGUUUGGUGGCAAACGGCAUCAGAUUGCCUUGCAUUUAGAAGAACUGGAGAACUUUAAGCCACUUUGCCCUGGAAAUGCAAGGGACCUUGAGAGACUUGCAGAUUUGUUAGACAUUACUGUAGUAAACCUGAAGGAGGCUGGUCGGCAUGAAGAACUAGGAAGCGGAUCACUGUACCUCAGUUUGUGCAAGAAAUUGACAGAAGCAAUGCUAGCGCAUUAUCAUUGGUGGAUUCAUGAAAAUGGUCGUUGGCAGUCAGUGGAAAUGUUGAGAGAGUUCUUCAUCCAGGAAGCAGAAUUCCAGAGAGUAGCAUCGGAAACAAUUCACGGUUUGAGUAAAAGAGGACAUAAGAGAGACAGUGGGGUUACCUUCUUCGGUAACACGCAGAAUUCGUCAGGGAAUCAUAGAAGAGUUGGAUUUCGACCGUGUAAAGUUUGCAGUGGUCAUCAUGGAGUUUGGCGCUGUGACAGGUUCAAGGCUAUGAAUCUUCCAGAGAGAUGGGAAGCCGCCAAGAACCUUAAACUGUGUUAUCGUUGCUUAGGAGAUCACAGUGGAGGAACGUGCGUUAGAUCAAGAGAUCCAGUUGAGCAAGUAACAGAGAGGUCUCACACCACAGUGAUGUCCCAAAGUGCGCAACCAAGAUUUGUGGCACUACGCACAGUACCAGUGUUUCUGAAGAACGGUAAUCACAGAAUUAAAGUGAAUGCGUUGUUGGACAAAGCUUCAAUGAAAACGUAUUUAAAUGCUGACGUAGCCGCUGAGCUUGGACUUCAAGGACAUCCUCAAAGUGUAACUGUGAAUGUUCUAAAUGGACAGACUGAGACCUUCGAGACUACGCCAGUUGAGGUCGAGUUGGAGAGUUUAGAUGGAAAAGUGAAGACUACCAUAAGUGCAUUCACAGCAGAACAAGUCACAGGAAACAUGAAAGUUAUCGAUUGGGAAAAGUAUGCGGCAAAGUGCACCCAUUUGAGAGGGAUACAGUUUCCAAAUCCUGGCAUCCGCCCAAUAGUGGACUUGUUAAUUGGAGUUGAUUAUGCUGAACUACACUACUCGUUCAAGGAUGUUCGAGGUCAGCCCGGGGAACCAGUAGCAAGACUUACGCCAUUAGGAUGGACAUGUACAGGAACGACUGAAACCUUCGAGACUACGCCAGUUGAGGUCGAGUUGGAGAGUUUAGAUGGAAAUGUGAAGACUACCAUAAGUGCAUUCACAGCAGAACGAGUCACAGGAAACAUGAAAGUUAUCGAUUGGGAAAAGUAUGCGGCAAAGUGCACCCAUUUGAGAGGGAUACAGUUUCCAAAUCCUGGCAUCCGCCCAAUAGUGGACUUGUUAAUUGGAGUUGAUUAUGCUGAACUACACUACUCGUUCAAGGAUGUUCGAGGUCAGCCCGGGGAACCAGUAGCAAGACUUACGCCAUUAGGAUGGACAUGUACAGGAACGGUUAGUGGGCUCAAAGGAGGUGACUAUCAGUCAAGCUUUGCACACACCUAUUUUGUGCGAGAACAGUCAGACACUGACGAAAUAAGUAGUUUACUACGACAAUUCUGGGAAAUAGAGAAUCCUCGCACAUCACAUGAUCGACCAGUUCUGAAUCCUGAUGAGCAAUGUACGUUAGACAAGGUGGAAAAGUCCCUCAAGUACUUGGAUGGAAGAUAUCAAGUGGCACUUCCAUGGAAGAACAUUCCUGACCUACCAGACAAUUAUGACAUGGUGCUACGCAGAUUAAGAUACCCUGUUGCACUCAUCUGUGACAUCGCUAAGAUGUGUUUGAGAAUUGAAGUUGCAACUAAGGACCGAUCAUGUCAACGGUUCUUAUGGAGAUCCUUGGAUCAGCAGAGAAAACCGGAAGAGUACAAGUUCAACCGAGUUGUGUUUGGGAUUAACUCAUCGCCUUUUCAAGCUCAGUUUGUCUCCCAAACACAUGCUGAGCAGCACAAAGAUGAGCUGCCCUUGACUGCAGAAACUGUGUCAAAGUCAACAUACAUGGAUGACAGUAUGGACUCUGUGUUGGACGACAGUCAAGGUAUUGAGUUGUGCAAGCAGUUAGAUGAGCUGUGGAGCAGGGCAGGAAUGCAUGCUCAUAAAUGGUUGUCCAAUUCACCCCAGGUUCUGGAGAAGAUACCAAUCAAGGAUAGAGCAUCCGAGGUGGUCAUCAACAAAGAUCCCCUACCAACAGUAAAGACACUGUGA